AUGUCCUUUCCAACACUCUGUUUCAAGGCCCUCAUAGCCGACCAUCUUCGGUCAAUAUUCCCUUCGGUAUUAUUCCCGACGCUGCAGCUUUACUUGCAGAUCUCCUCACCAAGCAUGCCAAAAGCGGCAAGGCUGAUAUUAUUGGUAUGUCUCUGGGAGCAGAAGUAUCCAGAUCUGGCAGGGACCGGGAACUAUUUUUGUCCGGCAGCGGAAGACCAUGGCCUCGGCCGCGCAGCUUCAUUGCUUGGGAAAAUGGACUCGUUUUGUCUUUGGGUGGCUGGUUUCUACGAUAUCUUCCAAAACCAUGGUUUCAGUGGGUGUGACAAGUCGGGCGUCCAGAUUGGCAAUGAAUUGCUUGCUGAUAUGAAGGUGGCUUCAACAUAUCGGACAGGCCAGACAGUGGCGAACGAACUGGCUAAAGAACCGGGCGACAAUACCAGAAUUUGGAGAGGGCUGAAUAAGAAUGUCAUGACUAGAACAUGUGUUGCAGAUGCGAUGGACGAUGCGGAGAAAGAUUGCCUCGAAAGAGGGAAGCAGCUUCGGAAGGGCAAUCCUGAGAGCAUGGCUUUCAAAGUAGACGGGAAGAGACAUGCUUAG